GUGAUGGUGGUGGUGGUGGUGGUGUUUGCGUUUGUGCAUGUGUUGGCGAUCGAGCGAGCGAGCGACCGAGCCAGCAGCGAACUUUCUUCACAACUAAACGCCAGUCCAGUCGAGUCCAGUCCAGUAAAGUAAACAGCCAUCUCUCCAUCUCUCUCUCUCUAUCUCUCCUUAUUCUCCGGCCCACCACAAACACACAUAACUAAAAGAAAGAAAACAAAACAACCCUAACACAACAAAAAAACAACAACCUACCGCUGGUCAUGUUGGAUCCUUCAUCGGGGACCCAAAGGAACAACAAGCUAGAAUGCUUCCUCAAAAGGUCCCUCCCCAGCGAACGUUACGACCGGCUCCGUGCAUACGAGGCCUGCAUCGUUGACAAGACAUUCAAGUACAUUAUCAUCGGUGACCAAUGCAUAUAUCUGACCGAAAACCCUCCUCGGACACUUCAACCCGUUGUAUUUUACCAGGAACUUAGGGACGUACAACUGGAGUAUGACUUACCAAAUUUCCUUCAAGGUUUGGAACGAGAGCAGACUCUACACAUUGUCCUCACCUACAGCAGGAAUAUCCACAAGAAGACACAAGAUGGUACCAGUUCAGAUAUUAACCAAAGCCAGAGCAGCUUAUUCUUAAACACUUUAUUUACAAAAACACAAUCUUCCAGAGCGCCGACCAAUCAUCGGAAAUCGAGUUUUGAUGAGACAUUGUUGCAAUCUUCAAGAAGCAUUGUGGAUCAUUCUAUGGACGGAAGCAACACACUUCUCUCUAUGUCAAUGCCGUCAAAUCUAUGGCACACUCUAGAGAAAAAUGACAAUCGCACCAACACAUCUGAAGAAAUCUCUAUUGGCAAAUGUAAGCACAAGCCAAGUUUGAUCCACCGUAUCAGGAAACCGUUCUCGAGAGUUUGGUAUAAUUUCCUCAAUAUCAAACGGCAUGGGAUGUUGAAGAACAGACACAGUACCUCGAAGGUGCGACUAAAGAUCGAUGAAGAUUCAGACAUUGACAGCAAAGAUGAAAAUGAGAGCAGGCUGCCGUCACCAAGGGACAUUUCUGAAAGCAAAACAAAGACAUUACGUGGUUCCAAAGUGUCACACAACCCGGGGAAAUCUUCCAAUGCCAUACAGCUGUAUGUCCUCGAUGUGUAUUUGCUGAAGAACAACUCUCCAUCAUUGGACCUCAUUAGGUACGCCUGGGAUAAUUACUUGAUUAGGUCUACAGAGCAACAGUCAAAUCGAAGGUGUACAGAUGUCUCUACACAGGACAGUCAAAGUCUAAGUGUCCAGCCAGAAGUCCUGUUUGUUCGAAUAAAACAAGAAUUGCUCAGUGAAAACUACUAUUCUGAUGUGUUACUCUUUUUGUGCUCAAGGCUACAUACGUCUGCUCUCUCGUGCUUUACAAUAAAGAAGUUAUUCUGGAAGGAUCCGGAGCUUUUCAUGUUUUUGGUUGGAAUACUUUGUAAAUAUGUUCCCGGAUUUGUGUCGAGUGGAGGGGGAACCGUCUGUGAUAGCAAAGAUGAGGACAAAAAACUGCAGAGUCUGUUGUGCCUAGUUUUGGAAAUUCUGCGAGUCAUGUUCCGAGAAACUGAAGUCCUGUCAUCCCGGAUAUCAACCCUCGUCGCAGCCAAAGAAGGUGUAUUUGAAUUAAUGAAGAUCCUCAUUAGUGUGUUGUCAAGGCAACCGGCCCCUAUCAGAAAGAAGAACCAAUCACAGUCGGUGAAAUCUUCAAUCCCAGAGGAAUUAACUGAAUUAAGCAUUGGCGUAAUCUUUGAGCUGUUCGUUUGUGUCCAACAGAAGUUAGAUGGAAGUAAGGAAGACAUUUGUACCAGUUGGUUGGUUGGCGCUGUGGAAGAUAUUGGGGCUGAGGAUAUGAUCAACGAUAUGGUGAGCCAAGUCCUAGAACUGACCAAACCAACAUCCAAUGGCAACAAUUGUGUAGAGGUCAGCUGUCUGUUGCCACUACAAGUGCUAAAACUCUACCAACAUUACUACAUCCUGGCUGUUAUCCUAGAAAAUAGCUCUCAACUGGCUGAGUAUAUCCACUCAAACUAUUUGAGUGAGUUCAAAUAUCUGGUUCAAGUGCCGGUGCUUAAACAAAGACUCUCAACUCACUGUCCACUCUCCAACACUGUCUUACAACUGAUUAUGAAGGUUUUACAGAAAAUUGUAUAUUGACCUUUGAAUGGUAGACCCCAUCCAGAAAAGGGGUCACUCAGACUGACUGGCAUUAAGUCAGUCACAGACACUCUCCAGUCGUCCCCAGCCCACAGAUACAUUGUCUUCUCUCUCUGCCUUUUCUGUCGCUCGGCGCCUGUUUCCGUCCUUCUAUCAUACUCUAACUUCUCAUCACCUGGCAUAAGGCCACCUCCCUCAAUACUACUCCGCCACCCUGUCCACCUUGGUCUUGUCUUGAAAAUUACUUGGUGAUCUCACUGGUGUUGGUGGUAUGAAAAAGAAGGCACCUUAGUAAACUCUGUGAAGUGGUUGGCAUUCGGAAGGGCAUCCAGCUGCAGAAAACAUGCUCUUGUCGAACCAUCCAACACAUACAGCACGAAAAACAGACGUUAAAUGGUGCUGCUGUUGCUGCUGAUGAUGAUGAUGGUGUCAAUGAUAAUAAUAAUGGCCUCUGCUCCUCAGAGCUGGCUAGGCUCUUGCCACCUCUCUUCAGAUCCUUCCAAUCUACUCAUCUGUCCUCACUUCACCACCUUUGGUAUGUAUUGUGUCCUACCCCUUUCAUCCAUACCCUACACCAUCCACAGAGCCCAAUCUUUCCUCCUCAGAACUUCAUCCCUCUGGAACUCUCACUCUGCUCAUGUCUCUUCCACAAUUGUGAACUUGCAGUGGUUUAAUAGGAACAGCAGCAAUAUCUCUUUAACCAGUUUUGGAGGGCUUGCAAAUGUCAUGGGCACUGCCCAUCCCUCAAAACCCUGCAAAUGAAAAAAACAUAAAUAAAAUAGUCGCAGGAGUGGCUGUGUGGUAAGUAGCUUGCUAACCAACCACAUGGUUCCGGGUUCAGUCCUGCUGUGUGGCACC